GGUACCCAUAACAAAGCUGUCCCCUCUAGUUUUGUGUGGUUUACACAAAGAGGUUUUUCUUUCCUUGGUUAUACAUGUAUUGGAGUUCGAAUUUAUGUGUGUGAAAAGUAAAUCCUUUAUGAUCCAUCGAGCUCCACUGCCAUUUAGCUGUGUUUUUGUUUUUAUUCCGCGUUUGGUUCAUAGUUAUAAGAUAUAACUUGAAGGUCAACCUAAUCUGGGGAUUUUAGUUAUAGGUUGGGUGAUCCGUGUAUGUUUACCUAUAGGUUUGUGUGGAUCUUAUACAAAAUGACAUAAUAGAUAGUUUGGCUGUGCUAGCAGGGCCUCCCUCGAAAAUUAAAUCCUGUCUGACAAACCAAAUUUAUACAAGCAACGUGGAAAAGGUUGUCAAUCAACUGGUCAAGAUACAUGAAAUUGAAGCUUGAUUUCUAUUUUUAAUGCUUAAUUAACACAUAAAUACAGUUAAUUAAGACAGCCUCCAGAAACAAAUGUUCCAACCCACCAAUGUCUUUUCCUUUUUCCCUUCAAUUUCUUGUCUUUCCAGAUAUCCCCUCGUCUUGGGGGAUCAGUAAGAAUUACACAGCUGGAGGUUAGGGUCAAUCUUGUCUAUAUGAAAUGAAAACCUAUUUCUGUUAGGCUGUCAGCUCUUACCGCUAAAUCCCGCGCAAAAUUCGUUGUCUUUCCCAUCAAAAUAGAAGAUGAGUCCGAGUUUUAUUAAAUGUUCUUGGAUAUUGGUUUUUAAGAAUUCAUUGGAGGGUUUUCUUCUUCUAAAUGUUCUUGGAUAUUGGUUUUUAAGAAUUCAUUGGAGGGUUUUCUUCUUCUUCGAGUUACAACAUUUUUAAGGUAAGCUUUGAAGGAGGAAUUUAGAAGCAAAAGGAUGGUAACCGUCUGGGGGGGUACAGAUCAACAAAAAGCUGUAGGAUCACCGAGAGGAGAGGUGGGAGAGAUUGACACCAAGAAGCCAUUUCAAUCUGUCAAAGCUGCGGUUAGUUUAUUCGGUGAAGUAGCUAUCAAGGGGAAACCUGCUGUCAGGAGAUCAAGGCUUUCUUCAGAGAAUGUGCUUGACAAGGAGACCCAAAUUGUAUUGGCUCAGAGAGACGUAGACAAGUUCAAGAGAGAAGGGGAGACUGCCGGAACUACGCAAGCUCGAGCGGAUUCUGAGCUUGAAAAUGCCAAGAGAACAUUGAAUGAUUUAACCACCAAGCUCAAAGCUGUAGAUGAGUCCAAGAAAUUAGCCAUAGAAACUGCAGAAGCGGUGAAAGAAAAGGCUAAGAAACUUGAAGCAGCAAAAUCCCAACAACUCAUGGAAAAUGCUGCUCGGGAACUGGAAUUGGAUGAGGCAAGACAACAGUACGAGAUGACUGCUUGUGAACUUGAUGCUGCAAAGGAGCAAAUCAACAAAAUCAGACAGGAUUUUGACGCUGCAUUGGAGGCAAAAUCGUCUUCAUUCAAGCAAGCAGCAGAAGCUCAGCGUUCAGCUAAAACAAACAAGGAAAGGGCUAGUGAUCUUUCACAGGAAAUCGGAGCUAUGCGGGAAUCAGCUCAACAACUAAAGAUUGCCUCUGCACAAAUUCAAGAACAGCAGGCAAAGGUAGUGACAGAAAAAGAUGCUCGCAUACAUGUUUGCAAGACUGCCGUGGCAGAAGCAGAGAAGAAUUUGGAGAUUUUGAAGAAAGAAUGUGAUCCUGAGAUCACAAAGAAUCUUCAGGCGAAGCUCGCAGAAACAUCUGCGGAGAUUGAACUUCUACAAGAAGAGAUGAAAAAGGGUCAUGCCUUAGAAAUGGAAAGAAUGAGAGCUUUAACCAUCGAGUUCAAUGAAGCAACGAAGGCACUGCAAGAAAUUGCCAUCGAAGAGAGUUCUCUUCGAAAUAUGGUUACUUCCCUUCGAAUGGAAUCGGAAAAUGUGAAGAUGGAGACAACUGAAUUGGUGAAGGAAAUCGAAAAAGAAUAUGCUGCGAUAGAAAAAGAAACUGAAAAUUCUAGACGAGAAGCAGAAGAGAUGAAGAAUAAUGCUGAAGAGCUGAAGGAAGAAGCAAAAAAUGCGAGAUUACUGGCUCAAGAUGCUGAGGGAAAGCUAGAACUUGCUCUCAAAGAGGUUAAAGAAGCCAAAGCGGUAGAAAAGAAAGCCCGCGAAGAGAUGAAGACACUAUCCGAAAGAAAGAGCAUUGAAGAUCAGGAUGCCGAUGAUAAGAUCAAAAUUUCAAUGGGAGAGUUUGAGAGUUUAAAGAAGAAAGUAGAAGAAUCAGGAAAUAUAGCAGAUACGACAGUGACCGAUGUCAUGGCUCAGGUAGAAGCAAUGAAUGCAAGCAAGAAUGAAGUAGAGAAGAAGUUAGAGGAAAAUUUAAAAGCAAUUGAAGAAAUCAAAGAAGCAACUUCCAUGGCUUUGAGGUCAGCAGAAAUGUCGGAGGCUGCACAAAAGACCCUCGAGGCUCAACUCCAGAGGUGGCGUGUAGAAGAGCAAACAGUUUUGGUGGUAGCUUAAAGUGCUUUCAAGGUGGUAGAACAUUCAGAUGAGUCAUGAGGGUCACUUCCUAUGAUUCUGCAAUUGAAAAUCAGAUCUUGCAGGUGGUUCAGAUUAGUCAUUGGGGUUUGAAAGGGCACAAUUUCUAAAUCCUUGGUGUGAUUUCCCCAAGCUGAUGUGUUUAUCAACCAGAAAAUCUUGUUAAUAUUGAUGAUGGCCACAGAUGUUUCUCUACAUGACCAAUAUCAAUUUAAAACUUAGAAACUAAAAUUUACUA